CUGAGAAACAUGUUCUGAUGUGUGUACACAUCCUUGCUGUGAUUGAUUUAUUUAGAAAAGCUGGUUUCCCCACGGGACGUAUCGCUAACAAAAUGGCGGCAUAGUAAACAGUACGCCUGGUCUGAGAUGAUGAAUGAUGCCAGAUUAGAUGAUCAACAGUGAGGGGAUUACGAUACCAGCCCUCCCGUAAGGAUGGAGGAAACAGCAGCCAAAACAAGUCUUUCAGAAGGACGGAAGGUGAAGGAAUCCUCUUCAAGGAGCCUCAUCCAUCAGGAGAGACCUCCAUCACCUGCGCUCACUUGUGUGUCCAUGAAGAGUGACAUGUCAGAACAUCGCCGCAUCAACUUCCAAGGUGGAUCAAUGACUAGAGGGGUGAAAAGGAGCCUCAUCCAUCAGGGGAGACCUCCAUCACCUGCGCCCACUUGUGUGUCCAUGAAGAGUGACCGGUCAGUGGAUCGCUUUAUCGACUUCCAGAAUGCAGAUUUCACUGAUGCAUCAAGGAGCCUCAUCCAUCAGGAGAGACCUCCAUCACCUGCGCUCACUUGUGUGUCCAUGAAGAGUGACCAUUCAGAACAUCGCCGCAUCAACUUCCAAGGUGGAUCAAUGACUAGAGGGGUGAAAAGGGGCCAGAUGCAGGAAUGGGACCCAGAUGCUGUCAGUGACCCGUUUACCAAGUCUCAACAGGAGGACCUGAAACACAUAUUCCAGGUGUUAGAGGAGAAGAUCAACACCUUUGUGAAGAAUGAGCUGAAGACAUUCAAGAGGAUGCUGAGUCCAGAUUACCAAGAAAACUUUGAUAGAAAAGAGGAGGAUGAGAGUGAUGUCAGAGAAGCGGCUCUGAAGAUGGCACUGCACUUCCUUAGGAAUAUGGAGCAGCAAGAUCUCGCUGACAAACUGCAACAAGAUGAGCUGGAUGUAGUUUGUCAGACUGAGCUGAAAAUAAAUCUCAAGAACAAGUACCAGAGUGUGUUUGAAGGAAUACCCAAGCAAGGAAGCUCUGCUCUUCUAGACAAGGUCUACACAGAGGUCUACAUCACAGAGGGAGGAAGUGGAAAAAUAAAUGAAGAGCAUGAAGUCAGACAGAUUGAGUCAAGAUCCAAGAGACCAGCUGGACAGGAGACAUCAAUCAAAUGCAGUGACAUCUUUAAACACUUACCUGGCCAAGACACACCAAUCAGAAGUGUCGUCACAAAAGGAGUUGCUGGCAUUGGUAAAAGUGUCUCAGUUCAGAAGUUCAUCCUGGACUGGGCAGAGGGAAAAGAAAACCAGGAUAUCCACUUCAUAUUUCCAUUACUGUUUAGGGAGCUCAACCUCAUGAGAGAAAAACAGCUCUCUUUGAUGGAUCUCCUCCACCACUUCUUCACAGAAAUAAAGCAGUCAACGUUUCCCAGCCAAGGGAAGUACAAAGUGUUGUUCAUCUGUGAUGGUCUGGAUGAAUGUCGACUCCAACUAGACUUUCAGAAAAAUGAAAGUUUGACUGAUGUGACAGAGAUCACCUCAUUGGACGUACUCCUGACAAAUGUCAUCAAGGGUAAUCUGCUCCCCUCUGCUUUACUUUGGAUUACCUCUCGACCAGCAGCAGCCAAUAAAAUCCCUCCUGAGUGUGUUGACCGGGUCACAGAGGUACAAGGGUUCGAUGACCCACAGAAGGAGGAGUACUUCAGGAAGGAUCAGAAUCUUGCCAGCGAAGUCAUCUCUCACAUCAAAUUAUCAAGGAGCCUCCACAUUAUGUGCCACAUACCAGUGUUCUGCUGGAUUGCUGCUACUGUUCUUGGGGUAAUUCUUGGCUCUUCAGGAGGUGGACAGAUUCCAAAGACUUUGACAGAGAUGUAUACCUAUUUCCUUAUCUUUCAAACCAAACAGAGGAGCCUAAAGUUUGAAAAUGUGCAUGACCUUGAUCCACAGUGGAACCAGAAAGUUAUCCUUGGUCUUGGAAAGUUGGCAUAUGAACAGUUAGAGAAGGGUAAUCUGAUUUUUCAUGAAGAAGACCUGAGAGAGUCUGGCAUUGAUGUCAGAGAGGCAGCAGUAUAUUCUGGCAUCUGCUCCCAGAUCUUUCAAGAAGAAUCAGGGCUUUAUCAAGGAAAGGUUUUCUGCUUCGUACAUUUAAGUGUCCAGGAAUAUCUUGCAGCUUUGUAUGUUUUUUUGAUGAUGGCAGUUAAAGGGAAAGACAUAAUAUCCAGACACCAAGCUCCUGAAAAAUCCAUUAAUCUUUGGAAAAGGAUAUUGAAUAUGUCUCCUUCAAUGGAGGAAUCCAUGAUCAUCUUACACAAGAGUGCCGUGGACAAAGCUUUGGAGCAUGAAGAUGGACGCUUUGACCUAUUCCUCCGUUUCCUUCUUGGCCUCUCUCUGGAGUCUAACCAGACUCUCCUGCAUGGCCUACUACAGAGAGGACGAAAUCUGAUGGGCAAUGAAGAAACAAUCAGUUACAUUAAGGAAAAGAUCAGGGAGGUUCCUUCAUCAGAAAGGGUCAUCAACCUCUUCCACUGUCUGAAUGAACUCAAUGAUCACUCCUUAGUGGAAGAGGUCCAGAGGUUGCUGAGUACUGGGACACUUUCUGGAGCUAAACUCUCACCUGCCCAGUGGUCAGCUCUAGUGUUUGUGCUGCUGACAUCAGAACAGAAGCUGGAUGUGUUUGACUUGAAGAAGUACAUCAGAUCUGAUGAAGGUUUCCUAAGGCUACAGCCAGUAGUGGAGGAAUCUAAAAAGGCUCAGCUCAAUAGCUGUGGGCUCACUGAAAGGAGCUGUACAGCACUGGCAUGUAUCCUUAGCAAACCAUCUUCAAAACUUAAAAAUGUGGAUCUCAGUGACAACAAUAUUGGAGAGUUUGGGAUCCAAGAACUCUGUAGUGGACUGGAGAACCCAAACUGUGAACUGGAGAGAUUCAGGUAAGACAUUGUGAUUCUU